CCGCCCACCGAGUGCAUGCGGGACGAGAACGAGAGCCCUAUCCCCUGCUUCCUGGCCGGCGACCACCGCGCCAACGAGCAGCUGGGGCUCACCAGCAUGCACACGCUCUGGUUCCGCGAGCACAACCGUGUGGCCACCGAGCUGCUGGCGCUGAACCCGCAUUGGGACAGCGACACCAUCUACCACGAGGCCCGGAAGGUGGUGGGGGCGCAGGUGCAGCACAUCACCUACCAGCACUGGCUGCCCAAGGUGCUGGGCGAGGUGGGCAUGAAGAUGCUGGGUGAGUACCGCGGCUACGACCCGGGCGUCAACGCCGGCAUCUUCAACGCCUUCGCCACUGCCGCCUUCAGGUUCGGCCACACGCUGGUCAACCCGGUGCUACAGAGGCUGGACGAGCACUUCCAGCCCACGGCGCACGGCCACGUGCCCCUGCACAAGGCCUUCUUCUCCCCCUUCCGCAUCGUCAGCGAGGGCGGCAUCGACCCGCUGCUCCGCGGCCUGUUCGGCGUGGCCGGCAAGAUGCGCGUGCCGUCGCAGCCGCUGAACACGGAGCUCACGGAGCGGCUCUUCUCCAUGGCGCACACGGUGGCACUGGACCUGGCUGCCAUCAACAUCCAGCGGGGCCGGGACCACGGCAUCCCGCCCUACCACGACUACCGCGUCUACUGCAACCUGUCGUCCGCCCACACCUUCGAGGACCUGAAGAACGAGAUCAAGAACCCUGAGAUCCGGGAGAAGCUGAGGCGGCUGUAUGGCUCCCCGCUCAACAUCGACCUGUUUCCGGCCCUCGUGGUGGAGGACCUGGUGCCCGGCAGCCGCCUGGGGCCCACCCUCAUGUGUCUGCUGAGCUCGCAGUUCAAGCGCUUACGCGACGGGGACAGGCUGUGGUACGAGAACCCGGGGGUGUUCACCCCGGCCCAGCUCACACAGAUCAAGCAGACGUCGCUGGCCCGGAUCCUUUGCGACAACUCAGACAACAUCACACGUGUGCAGCGGGACGUGUUCCGGGUGGCGGAGUUCCCGCACGGGUACAGCAGCUGUGACGAGAUCCCCAGAGUGGACUUGCGCGUGUGGCAGGACUGCUGUGAGGACUGCAGAACCAGGGGGCAGUUCAACGCCUUUUCCUAUCACUUCCGAGGCAAGCGAUCCCUUGAGUUCAGCUACCAGGGCGACGAGCCUGGCAGGGAUGCCGGACCUCGGGAGAUGUCGAGAGUUGGGAAACAGGGGAAGCGUCCCAGCAACGCCACGGCCGCCGCCUCCGAGCGCCCACAGGUACCGGGGACGAGCGACUUCAGGGAGUUUGUUCUGGAGAUGCAGAAGACCAUCACGGACCUCAGGAAGCAGGUGAGGGCUCCUCGUGCCUGUAGCUCAGCCGUCCUCUGAAUCCUCAUGUGCAGGCCCCAUGUGCGUGUCUCCCAGGGCUGUGGAGGGAAAUUCUGCCCAGACAGCCUGGGGUCCUCGGUCAUGGACCCCCAGGGACGUCCCUUUUGUCUUUUUGCUCCUGUUUGUCUUGUCUCCGGCCUGGCCCAGAGAUCGGGGACCCUAGCCAUGGGCCAGGGUCAGUGCCAUUGGGGAGGAAUGCUGGGUCCCAGGGAUGCUGGCUGAAGCCUCCAUGGAGCCAUGGGCUGUGAGCGGCUCAGAGUCGGGACACGGGUGCAGAAUUCAAACCUCAGUCCUGCCCAAAGCCACUUCUUCGGGAAAGACGGUCAAACCUCUGUUCCCGGGGAGGUCUGGUGGCAGCCAGGUGCCCUUGGCUGAGGGAAGGGCACCAGCACGUCCGCGUCUCCCAGGGCCUGCAGGUUUGCAGGCACGAACGCUGUCUGCUUCCGCAUGUCUGCACUGGGGUCUCAGCGUAAUUCCACGUAAGCAGGAGUGGAGAGAGAGGUCUCGGAUUAGCAGAGAGCAUGCAGACUACAGAAGGUCGCAUCUGCAGGGAUUCCUGAGCUCUGGAGCCGUCCAGAGCCAGGCCUGGAAGC